ACUGGGUUUCUGACAUGAUAGAGGUAAAAAUAGGGACAAGAGACGUAGAGAGAGAGAGAGAGAGAGAGAGAGAGAGAGAGAGAGAGAGAGAGGAGAGAGAGAGAGAGAGAGAGAGAGAGAGAGAGAGAGAGAGAGAGAGGGAGAGAGGCAGAGGGAGAGAGAGAGAGAGCGUGAGAGCGAGAGAGAGAGAGAGAGAGAGAGAGAGAGAGAGAGAGAGAGAGAGAGAGAGGGAGAGAGAGAGAGAGAGAGAGAGAGAGAGAGAGAGAGAGAGAGAGAGAGAGAGAGAGAGUGAGAGAGAGACACGCACACACAUACACCCCUUUUUUUCUCGAAGGUAAUGCCGAUUUUAGGUGGCACCAUUGUAGA